GACGGCCUCCUCCUCCUCCUCCUCCUCCUCGGAAGGGAAGGCCCUCCUGCUUCUCUCUCUCUCUCUCGCCGCCUCUUCCGCCUCUUCCUCCUCCGCCGGGCGAUGGGCCUGGCCUGGCCGGACCGAGGAGGCCGAGGAGAAGAAGGGCGCCCCAGGGAGGGAGGCUGCCCGCGGAGCGGCGCCCAGGCGGCGGCGGCGGUGGCGAAAACAACCCGUGUUGAAGAAUAAUUGAACGACCCAGAGAGUCCUUUCGAGGAAACAUCCUGAUUUAUUAACAUGCCUGCGGUGGCCUCGGUACCUAAAGAUCUGUACCUCUGUACUUCGUUGAAAGAUCUGAACAAAAAAACAGAAGUGAAAGCUGAAAAAAUCAGUAUAAAGAGCUAUGUGCAGAGUGCCCUGAAGAUCUUCAAAGCGGCUGAGGAAUGCCGAUUGGACCGGGACGAAGAGAAGGCCUAUGUUCUCUACAUGAAGUAUGUGACCGUGUAUAAUCUGAUUAAAAAGAGGCCCGAUUUCAAACUGCAACAAGAUUUCGUUCAUUCGAUGCUUGGAGUCACAAACAUCAAAAAGGCAAUUGAGGAAGCUGAAAGACUUUCGGAAAGCCUCAAACUCAGAUAUGAAGAAGCCGAAGUACGGAAGAAAUUGGAAGAAAAAGAGAGGCAGGAAGAGCAGCAGUUUAAAAAGCAGGAAUCGAAAGAGGAGGGCAAAGUUUUGGCCAAAGUGACAGAACCGUCUUCGGAUCCCAAAGGAAAAAAUCAAAUGAUCAAUGGUGAGAAUAAGCGUUCAGCAGAAGAAAAGGAGCCCUCUGAAACCGGAUCUAUCACAGCAGAGAAAUUAUUUACAAUGAUGAUGGACAAAAGCCUCAAGUUGAUGAUCAUGGAUGCCCGAAGCCUGAAAGAUUAUCAGGAGUCUUGCAUUAUCAACUCUGUCUGUGUUCCAGAAGAAGCUAUCAGCCCCGGCGUGAUGGCUAGCUGGAUCGAAGCUAGACUCCCAGAAACGUCCAAAGAGGCCUGGAAAGAGAGGGGGCAAGCCCACUUCGUGGUUCUGCUGGACUGGUUUAGUUCAGCCAAAGACCUGGAAUUAGGAACACCUCUGCGGAGCCUCAAAGAUGCACUUUUCAAGUGGGAAAGCAAAGCCGUGCUCCAGCACGAACCCUUGAUCCUGGAAGGGGGUUACGAGAACUGGCUCCUUUGCUAUCCUCAGUACACAUCAAAUGCCAAAGUAACUCCUCCUCAACGUAGGAAGAAUGAAGCAGUUUCUGUCUCUUUGGAUUUCACUUACCCGUCGUUGGAAGAGCCACUGCCACCUCCACUGCGUGUUGUCCGCGUAAAGCCUUCUGUGGCAGAAGUGACUGAGAGACAGGAUGAUGGAAAGGAUCAGGAAAAAAGCACGGAGACCUUUGAACCAUCAUCCCCUGCUGGAUCGGUUGCGGUUCCUCGUAAGGGGGAUGAUUUGUCUGCCGCUGUCCAGCCGGCCGCCCCAAUGAAGGCAAUUCCUCAGGUUGAUCGAACGAAAAAGCCUUUAUCGAAAAUUUCAGAUGGUGGCGAUAAGCCAAAAGCUGAAAGCCCAGCCGUUAGUAAGAAGGUGGUUUCAAACGGGAAAGUGGUUCCAGAUCGUUCCACAAAGCCGGCCGUGGAUACAAAAGCCGGCCUGACGGAGGAAGAUAAAAACCGUAUGCCUGCGGAAAAAGUUUCUCAGCCGGAAAAAAACAAGCUGGAAAAAGAGCUGCAGGAGAAGGAAGAAGAAGAGCCGAGGGCGGCGAAGCAAGAGCCGGAGCCGAAGGCACAAGAGGACCAGGAAGAAAGGGAGGGCCGUCGGGUGUCCCCCCUCCAGAGGGAAAAAGAGGAAGAGGCAGACAGGGCGGCAGGUGAAAAGCAAGACGCGGAUAAAACCUCUAAAGACUUAGCGGACGUUAAAAAAUCGGGUAAAAUUGCGAGUGAAACUUCUGACGUGAAAAAAACGGACACGGACAGAAUUGCCGCGGGCGAAAAAGAAAAGGUCAGGUGGACCCCAGAAACGCAGAGGCGCAAGUUGGCGGAGGAAAGCCCUGCCUCUGUUCCUGGCAAGCAGACUGAGGUUAAAGAACAAGCAGAAAGAGAAUUUCAAAAGCCAGGCGCUGUUAGAGAAGAUACUGAACAACAGUCUGAAAAAAACAAAUCCCAGCGGGAGCCACUGACCAGAGCCCGGAGUGAGGAGAUGGGCCGAGUAAUCCCAGGACUGCCUCAUGGUUGGGCGAAGUUUCUUGAUCCAGUGACGGGAACAUUUCGCUACUACCACUCGCCAACCAAUACCGUCCACAUGUAUCCACCAGAGAUGACUCAGUCGGCCACUCCGCCUUCCACUCCACCAACCCACAAACCAAAGCCUCAGGCUGCCGAUCAGCGGGAGAGGGAGCCGUCCAAACUCAAACGCUCUUACUCCUCGCCAGACAUAACCCAGGCUAUUCAGGAGGAAGAAAGGAAGAAGAUCAUCAUCACCCCUACCAUCAAUCGUGAGAAUAAGCCAGUCAGCUACCCGAAGGCUGAAAUCUCGAGGCUGUCUGCAUCUCAGAUCCGGAACCUCAACCCUGUAUUUGGAGGCAUGGGGCCCGCCCUCACGGGCCUUCGUAACCUGGGCAACACGUGCUACAUGAACUCCGUGUUACAGUGCCUGUGCAAUGCGCCACACCUGGCGGACUAUUUCAACAGAAACUACUACCAAGAGGACAUCAACAGGUCAAAUUUCCUGGGUCAUAAAGGUGAAGUGGCUGAGGAGUUUGGCAUCAUUAUGAAAGCUCUCUGGACUGGGCAGUACCGAUACAUCAGUCCCAAAGAUUUCAAAAUGACCAUCGGGAAGAUCAACGACCAGUUUGCAGGAUACAGUCAGCAAGAUUCCCAGGAGAUGCUUCUGUUCUUAAUGGAUGGUCUCCAUGAAGACUUAAAUAAAGCUGACAACAGGAAGCGUUACAAAGAAGAAAACAAUGAUCAUCUGGACGAUUCCAAAGCGGCAGAUCUUGCCUGGCAGAAGCACAAACAACUCAACGAGUCGAUCAUUGUCGCCCUUUUCCAAGGCCAGUUCAAAUCCACGGUGCAGUGUCUUACGUGUCACAAGAAGUCUCGGACCUUCGAGGCUUUUAUGUAUUUGUCUCUUCCGCUUGCAUCCACGAGUAAAUGCACGUUGCAGGAAUGCCUUAGAUUAUUCUCCAAAGAAGAAAAACUGACAGAUAACAAUAGGUUUUACUGUAGCCGUUGCAAAACUCGAAGAGAUUCUUUGAAAAAAAUAGAAAUCUGGAAGUUGCCUCCAGUUCUUUUAGUGCACUUGAAAAGAUUUUCCUACGACGGACGGUGGAAGCAAAAGCUUCAGACCUCAGUUGACUUCCCUCUAGAAAGCCUUGACCUGUCGCAGUAUGUCAUCGGCCCAAAGAGUAACUCCAAGACAUACAACCUAUUCGCAGUCUCUAAUCAUUACGGAGGGUUAGACGGUGGACACUACACAGCUUACUGCAAAAGUUCUGUAAAACAACGAUGGUAUAAGUUCGACGACCACGAAGUCUCGGAGAUCUCUUCGUCAUCUGUGAAAUCCUCAGCUGCGUAUAUCCUCUUUUACACUUCUUUUGAGCAGCGAGCUCCCGAUACAGCCACAUAAAGGAAACAUUUGAGGAAAACUGUUGUUGUUGUUUUUUAAAGAAAUGCACUCUAAUUUGCUGAGCUGUGAUGAGUUUCAGGUCCUUAGCUGAGUGAGGAGACGGCUGCAGCAGUUUCUCAUCUGAGAUGUGUCUCUUAGUGCUGUCGCUUAGAUCUGAAAAACCAAAUGGUUAACUCUGCUGCUUAAUACUGAAAAAAAUUGUUUCAAACCAACUUUAAUUUUUUAGUAACGCUACAGAAUUAUAAGUCUAGCAUAGUCCAUUCAAAGGCAUUAACAAUGGGUUUAAGAGGUCCUAAAACUGAAGGCAUAUCUUUAUUUCCCCUCCCACAUUUAUGGCCUUUUCACACUAACCUUAAGCUUGAUUCCACUGUGAAUAUCUUAGAAUGAUGUGAACAGGAAUGUAUGUGUACAUAUUGACUGCAGACUUGCACAUCCAAAAUAUGUAUAUAAUAAAGAUACGUGGUCCCUUGAGAACUA